AUGGAUAGCAAACUAGCUAAGUAUUUGAUACAUAUAUUCAAUGUUUAUAUAAAUGACCAGUUAUGGUUUUCAAACCCACCGCGAGGGUACCCCCCAGUUGCCUUGAGACAGUUUGUUAUUUAUGAUUAUGCCGUGCGAGGAUUGCGGUUCAAGCUAACUAAUGGUCCCCUGAGGCCUGCAAGGAAUGCGGCUCGGAUGGACUUGGUGUCUCCGGGACCUGCGAGGAUUGCGGCUCAGAUUGAAGUGUUAUCUCUGAAACCUGCGAGGAUUGCGGUUCGGGCUGACUAA